AUGUCUUCUUUGGCAGCUACCCAAGCAGAUGGCUACUACUUGCCUCCAGAGUAUUAUGACUCUGGAACUUACAAGAAGAAGUCAAAGAAUCAAUUCGCUAAUUCCAAGGGUCACAAUCAAUUUGUGAAAUCUGGAGUUGCACGAUUUGAGUUGCCAUACAAGGGUGUUUGUCUCUCCUGCAAAACCUCCAUUGCCAGAGGAACUCGUUACAAUGCCAAGAAGGUAGACACUGGAGAGUCCUACUUUACCACGAACAUAUGGGAAUUCCAAAUGACCUGUCGUGUCUGCUCGCAUCCUUUUCGCAUUAGAACAAAUCCCCAAGAACGAGGUUUUGACUAUGUGGAAGGCAUCAAGAUUCAAGCAGGGCAAGAACCCUCCAAGGAAUUGCUCGAGCGAACCUUUUCCACCAACAUGGACGUUCCAGACGCUCUCGAAAAGCUGGAAGCUCAAGCUAAAGGCAAAAAGAAGCUCAUGACCGAGAUAGAUCAACUAGAAGGACUCCAAAAGCUUAAUGAGAAAACCAAGCUGAACGACUCGGCUUCGAAUGCGACUAUUCGAGCCCGUUUCCGCAAGGAUCGCAAGGCCAAACGAGCUAGAAUACGAGAAGCCAAGAGUCUUGGUUGGAGAGAAGGAAUGGAAGUGGUUGGGACUUCUCUAGAUGAUCAAGUAGCAGCCAAAGAAACUGUCUUUGGUAGAUCCAAAGAGACGGAGAAGAAGCGAUUUGGUGCGGUGAAGCAGUCCUCCAUCUUUGGGAACAAGGAUGAAAGCAAGCGAAAACGAACGGGGAGACCGAAACGGGAAAAAGAUGAAGACAUACCUAAUGCCGCUACUAUUUUCCCCGACCCUGCUGUCUCAAAAACAGCAAUACCGCUAGAUUUACCCUCCAAUCCGAUUGAUUCUGAAGUGAAACCGGAAACGGACCUUCGUAAACAGACGAGAAUAAAACGCAAGAUAAAUCCAGCCAUGAUACAACAGAACCCAGUGGAUGUGCUAAAGUCGUCCUCCUCAUCGCCUGUCGAGUCGACGUUUUCAAGUAUGCUAGCUGGUUAUGGAUCAGAUUCAUCGGACGAUGAUUGA